AUGUGUUGAAUGAUCGUGUCUGAGCAGCUUUAGGCACCAAACAACAAUGGAGAGUCAAAGCUUCACGCUCGAUAAUGAAGAUUGGGGUGAUGUAUUUGCGAAUUAUUCUGAAACAUACAGUUUUGAUCAGGGUGCGGUGCCCUGUGCACAUUCAGUUAACACAGAAUCGGUCAAUACUGCGAUGGCUGUUAUCUACAGCCUGGUCUGCUUGCUCGCUAUGGCAGGUAACGUGCUUGUGAUGAUUGUCAUACUUCACAACAGGCGCACAAUGUCCUCCACAGACAUCUAUCUGCUUCACCUGGCAAUAGCAGACGUCCUCUUCGCCAUCACCUUGCCCUUUUCAGCAGCAGACGUCAUAAAUGGGUGGCUAUUUGGUGACGCCAUGUGCAAGAUUGUUAGUGUGUUGAAGGAAGUUAACUUUUACAGUGGUAUUCUGUUGCUGGCUUGUAUUAGCAUCGACCGCUUCCUGGCCAUUGUCUACUCUGCACGAACAAAUAAGCAGAGGAGUCAAUUUCUGACCAAUGUUGUCUGUGGUGGUGUUUGGCUGUUUGCUAUUCUUCUGUCUUUACCGAUUCUCGUUAAGGGUGUAUUCCGCUCCCCCGAUUCCGAAAGAAUUCUCUGUUAUGAAGUGCUUGAUGGUAAAUCAUCAGCGACGUGGCGAGUAGCCACCAGGUUUCUUCGGCACAUAGCCGGGUUCCUCAUCCUACUGUCCAUCAUGCUCUUCUGCUACAGUGUGACCAUCAACAGAGUGUUGAAAACAAAAGGAUUUCAGAAACAGAAGGCCAUGAAGGUUAUCAUUGCGGUGGUUCUGGCCUUUCUCAUCUGUUGGCUGCCGUACAACAUCACCGUUUUCAUCGAUACAUUAAUAAGAAGCAAAAUAAUCAAUGAGACAUGUGAGAUGCGCACACAUCUGGACAAAGCUUUAUUUGUGACUGAAAGUCUGGUAUUCCUGCACAGCUGUAUUAAUCCUAUUUUAUACACUGUCAUUGGGGUGAAAUUCCGGAGAAACUUAAUCAGAAUUUGGGUUACAAAAGGAAUCAAUAAGUAGAGCACGUUGAAAAAAUCCAGCAGAUUUGUGCUUAGCUCCUCUAAAUCUGGAUUUACUUCAACCAUAAACUAGACAUCUUGUGAAGGAUACCAUCAGAUAGAUCAAUAAAAUGCAGAUCCGAGACUUUAAAGAUGUUCCCCUACAUGAUUGCAUUAAUGCAAGUUAUAAGAGAUGUUUGAAUGAAGAAGGCCUUUUAACCCAUUUUGAUGCCAUCCUUCCAGAAUACUUAUAAUACUAUUACAGCAUUAAGCCGUAAAUGAGUCCAGUGUCCUGGCCUGAACCACCCUUCCUGGCAACCUAUUCUAGUUGUUACUUAUCCUCUUGGUAAAGAAAUGCUUUCUGGUGCCUAUCCUUUUACAACCGUAAAGUUUGCCAAUGUUGUCUUAGUGCCUCUGAAUGCAUUGUUCUAAGUUUACUCUCUGAAUCUUAUAUUCCUCCUAUCUGGUACCCUCCAAGAUGUCUCUUCAAGACUGAAGAGCCCUAUAUAUUAUUUCAGCAGUUAGUUAAUUUAAUAUUUUGUGGUAUUUUAAACCUAAAGAAAUUGAAGUUAAAAAAUAUUUUGCCACUUGGAUUCAAAAGCCCAAAUCCAUUGCAGUUAAAUAAAAAGGGAUUAAAUUCUGAUUGGAACUCAGGGGGAAAAAACAUUUUCCAGAAGUUGGGGGUGGCAGGGAGUUCAUCCCCAGACGUUUCAUUAAGUACAAGAAAAAAUAAUUAUAUAUUCUGUCCGUGUGAUAAAUAUCAUCAAUGAUAAUUGUCACAGCACAUACCACAAACUGUUUCCCCUUCCAUGGGAUAGAGAUUCGAUUCAGCAUUAUAUGUAGCACCUUUGAAAAAGCUCAAUAAAAAUGGGAAAUACCCUUAGUGUCCGCACUGCCUUUGCAGACUAAGCACGGUAAUUGAAUUCUACAGGGCGCCCAAAAGGUCAUGAUAU